CUUCACAUUUCAUUGUUGUCAUCGACUGUACCUAACUCACGUGUUAUUGCUUUAUUGGCAACUUGCAUUAUACAUUGGUAAUUUAAUGAUGCGUUGACAUGGAGCUCCAUGCACUGCCAUAUCACGACGCACACAUUCAGCCUGGUCUCUUAGACUAGAGUAACAUAAUAAACGUAUAUCCGGGAAAGGUCAAUGCGUACGUUAAGUUACCUUUGGUAACCGCCCUACAUAAGACCGAAUGUUAUUUUAGGCGGUAAACGAAAGUAAAGUGAUUGGUCGGGGUGGAUGGGUGAGCCUAUAACGCAAACAUGUAGCAACUCAAAGUUGCGUGUUUGAAUCUCAUCACAGACCAUUUAACUAAUUAGCAACAGCUUAGCAUGUUAGCUAACCCUAACCUAAACGUCUAACAACCCAAAGGUUACGUGUUCAAAUCUCAUCAUGGCAACUUUAGCAUUUGAGCUAAUUAGCUUUGCAACUACUUACUACUUUUUAGCUACUUUGCAACUACUUAGCAUGUUAGCUAACCCUUCCCAUAACCUUAACCCGUAGCCUAGUUAACGUUAUCCAUUUAGCCACCUAGCUAACAUUAGCCACAGCAAAUUGGAAUUUGUAACAUACUAUACACCUCUCAAAUUCGUAACAUAUUGAACAAAUUGCAAUUCGUAAUAUAUACGAAUUGUAAUUAAUAACAUAAUUUUAAGUGGUUGGCGGACAUUCACAGAUCAUACUAAUUGGAGUGUCCUGGAUUUACAUCUGUCUUAGUAUGAUAUGUUUCGUAUCGUAUGUAUUAAUUUGUGGAUAUCUAUAAUCCAUUUGGUAUUGUAUGUUACAAAUUGAAAUUCGUACAAUAUGUAACAAAUUUGCUAAAUGUAUAAUAUUUUACAAAUUCCAAUAGUUUUUGGCUAACGGUAGCUAGGUGGCUAUGUGUCUAACGUAGGUUAUGAGUUAGAUGGAAGGGUUAGUUGACAUGCUAUGUAGUUGAAAAUAGCUAAAAAAAAUAGUGAGUAGUUGCUAAAGUUGUCCGUGAUUAGAUUAGAAUAUGCAACAUUUGGGUUGGUAGACAUUCACAUUAUAUGUCUACCCACGGGGAGCCAACCUACUUUCAUUUUUGCCUUAAGUAACCUUCUGUCUCAUGUACCCAUACCAAACGUAACAUAUUGUACAAUUUUACUGUACUGGGUUUACAUUUACUAUGUGAUGUCUAGUCUGAGACCAGGCUGAUCUAGAACCUGAAACGUGUUACAUACAUUUUGUGUUACAUGUAGAACUGUUUUGGGUUCAAAGUAGAGCCCUUUCCACAGUGGGUUCUACAUGGAACCCGAAAGGGGUGUACAUGUGUAACAGUGCUACUUCCGUCCCUCUCCUCGCCCCUACCUGGGCUCUAACCAUGGACCCUCUGCACACAUCAACAACAGUUACCCUCGAAGGAUCGUUACCAACCGCUCCACAAAAGCCGCAGAGCAAGGGAAACCAUUACUCCAAGUCUCAGAGCGAGUGACGUCACCGAUUGAAACGCUAUUUUUUUAUUUAGCACCUCGCUAACCAGCUAGCCAUUUCACACCGGUUACACCUGGAACCAAAAACGGUUCUCCUAUGGGGACAGCCAAAGAACCCGUUUGGAACCCUUUUUUUCUAAGCCCCCUGUGCCACCCCUCUUGUGUGCAGUCUGGCCAGAGACAUUGACCUUGAGAAGGAUGACUAUCAACGUGUAGUGUGCAACAGUGAUAGCUGCCCCUAUGGCAACUGGAUGCACUUGCAGUGCUUCUACGAGUGGGAGAGCAGCAUCCUGGUCCAGUUCAACUGCAUUGGAAGGGCCCGCAGCUGGAACGAGAAGCAGUGCCGGCAGAACAUGUGGACUAAGAAGGGAUACGACCUGGCCUUCCGCUUCUGCUCCUGCCGCUGUGGCCAGGGCCACCUUAAGAAAGACACAAACUGGUACCAGGUGAAGCGCAUGACAGAUGUAAAGAAGAAGAUCCCUCUGGAGAAGAGCCUGGGGAAGUUGAGCAGCCUAACUGGAGCUGGAGGGGGUGCAUGUGGAGGUGGGUUGGAUCUGCCUGAUGAUCCUAAGAGGGGCAAGUUACAUGGGGGCAGUAAACUGGCUCACAGAGCAAGUCAGGAGCUGCCUCGCCGACAGUCAGUGGAUCGGCAGAACUCUCAAGAGAGGGGACACGUAGGGCUGUUCUGUGCAAGCAGCCUGGGGCCCUGCUCACCCUCUGAGUCCCCGGGCCAGUCCCCUCCGUUAGGCUUCUCCUUCUUCUCCCCGCCCGCCUUCGCAGGACCCCGCAACUCCCGGCACCUGGGGGAGUUCCUGAAGAAUGCAGUGCACAUGGAUAGCCACCGGAAGCACAUGCUGGCAAGCGGCAUGCUGGGUCGCGGAGGCCACCUGGAUCACACCAUCUUGCCUCUGCCCAGACUCACCCUGGGGGACAACCCAGUGCAGUUCCUGCGAAGGCUGGACCUCACAGAGCUGCUGACCCACAUUCCCAGACACAAGCUGAAUACCUACCACGUACGUAUGGAGGAUGAUGCCCAGGCGGGCCAGGGAGAGGACCUGAGGAGGUACAUCCUGUCGGCUCUGAGCGCCAGCCACAGGAACAUGGUCAACUGUGCCCUGUGCCACCGCACCCUGCCUGUCUUUGAGCAGUUCCCCCUGGUGGACGGAACCCUGUUCCUGAGCCCCGCUAGACAUGAUGAGAUCGAGUACGAUGUGCCGUGCCACCUGCAAGGGAGGCUGAUGCACCUGUAUGCAAUCUGUGUCGACUGUCUGGAGGGAGUCCACAAAAUUGUAUGUAUCAAGUGCAAGUCCAGGUGGGAUGGGAGCUGGCACCAGUUGGGGACAAUGUACACCUAUGAUAUACUGGCUGCGACGCCAUGUUGUCAGGCCCGUCUGAACUGCAAGCACUGUGGUAAGCCGGUCAUAGAUGUCAGGGUGGGGAUGCAGUACUUCUCAGAGUACAGCAACGUGCAGCAGUGCCCCCAUUGUGGGAACCUCGACUACCACUUUGUCAAGCCAUUCUCCUCCUUCAAAGUCUUGGAAGCUUAUUGACAAAUGUUGUGCAUGUAUGCUAGUGCUGUUUCUCUUGUUACAUUUUUUUUUAACUAGGCAACUUAAUUUUGAGCCUUGAAUACUUUUUUUCUGGGAUUCAGUUAUUGUUUUCUCUUUUUUUAAUGUAUAGAAAGAAUAUGACUCCACUAAAAAGUUCCAAGACAACAUCUACAUGAUUUCAGAAAAAAUUAUAUUCAUAAGACCUUAAACGGUUUGGAGCUGUCUGGCACUUAAAAAGACGAGCAACACAUAUACUGUGACAAGUGAAUGUAUCUGUAGGUCAAAUUGCAUUUUUACAAAAAAUCUCUAAUAAAGGAGAGAAAGAAAUGUUG